UUUCCCCCACUGUUCUUGGAGUCGGAGGCACCGUUGCAAUUCCAAAGGAAGAGAUGCGCUGAAGAUUAAACAUGUAUGGGAAUUAUCCACACUACAUUAAGUUUCCCACAGGCUUUGGCAAUUCUCCGGUUCACACCAAUUCGGCUCCUGCAAAUCUGGCACCAGCCCCUCCCACAGGGCACUCCAUAGAUGGUCAUCCCACCUCCCUUGAGGCGCCCCUCAAUGCUUCAAGGUCACUCUCCUCCCCAAUGAACUCAAUAGCACUCUCCUCCCCAAUGAACUCAAUAGGGUCUGGCCAUACCUUGGGGUCUCCGUACAGAGUCAUCACAUCUUCUGUUGGAUCACAGUCAGUUCCUCUGUCUUCGCCCCCAGGCAUACAUUUUACUGCCCAUUCUAGCCCUCAGCUCAACGUCAUGAACACCAUCAGCAACUCUGAAGAUGUGAAACCUCUGCCAAACAUACAAGGGACAGGAGCCAUGUGUUAUGCAUCAACAAGCCCUGGAUCCCUGACCAAGCACAUCUGUGCAAUUUGUGGGGACAGGUCAUCAGGAAAGCAUUAUGGGGUGUACAGCUGUGAAGGAUGCAAAGGUUUUUUCAAGCGGACCAUCAGGAAGGACCUUAUCUACACUUGCCGUGACAACAAAGAAUGCCUGAUUGACAAGCGUCAGCGGAAUCGCUGCCAGUAUUGUCGCUAUCAGAAAUGCUUAGUGAUGGGCAUGAAGAGAGAAGCGGUUCAAGAGGAGAGGCAGAGGAGCAGGGAGAGGAGUGACAACGAAGCGGAAUCGACCAGCAGCAGUGGCAGCAAUGAAGACAUGCCUGUGGAGAGGAUUUUGGAAGCUGAAAUGGCUGUGGAGCCCAAAACCGAACCUCACAGUGGCACAAGUGAUGACAACUCGACCAACGAUCCUGUCACUAACAUAUGCCACGCCGCUGACAAGCAGCUCUUCACCUUGGUGGAAUGGGCCAAGCGGAUCCCCCACUUCUCCGACCUGACACUGGAAGACCAAGUUAUCCUUCUCCGUGCAGGUUGGAACGAACUGCUGAUUGCAUCUUUCUCCCAUCGCUCGGUGUCUGUGCAGGACGGCAUCCUGUUAGCCACUGGUUUACACGUACAUCGGAACAGCGCCCAUAGCGCUGGGGUGGGCUCCAUUUUUGACAGAGUUCUCACUGAGCUGGUGUCCAAAAUGAAAGACAUGCAAAUGGACAAAUCGGAGCUGGGCUGCCUCCGAGCCAUCGUCUUGUUCAAUCCAGAUGCCAAGGGGCUGUCCAGUCCAGCAGAAGUAGAAUUGCUACGGGAGAAAGUUUAUGCGGCUCUGGAAGCAUAUACCAAACAGAAAUAUCCUGAGCAACCUGGAAGGUUCGCUAAGCUCCUCCUGAGGCUGCCUGCCUUGCGGUCCAUCGGGCUGAAGUGUCUGGAGCACCUGUUUUUCUUCAAACUGAUUGGCGACACCCCCAUCGACACCUUUCUCAUGGAGAUGUUGGAGACGCCACUGCAGAUCACUUGAAUUUUUGCCAGG